AUGACUUCCCGUGUCACAGUUCAACAGGUUAUGGGCCGCACUUCGGCUUAUAUUAAUCUUACUUCCUCUGAAAAACUCACUCCUCUCAACUAUCAUGUCUGGGCUACCAAAAUUCUUUUGGGUCUUCGUGCUAUGAAUAAUGGUGUCCAUCUUUAUGUCGAAGCUGGUACUGUCAAUCCAGCUGCUAAUGAAUCCCUCGAAGACCUCACCGCCUCGCUUGAUACCGUCGUCCAUGAUGUCAUCCUCAACAACAUUUCUCCUGAGUUGAUCGAACAUGUUAAUGAUGUGGCCAUUAGAGGCCGUGACCUCUGGCUUUAUCUUCAUCAGGAGUAUAGUCAACUUCAACCCGCCGAUGUCAUCUCACUUAUGAAAUCCCUCUAUGCUGGCAAUAUUGAUGUUGGUCCAAAGUUUGUUUCUUCUGUUCGUUCUUAUGUUGCUACCUGGCGUUCCAUCUACCAAUCAUUGUCGCCUGAUUCGGUUUACGCCUUGGAGCACCGCUUUGAUAGUAACAACAAUACUGACAACCUUGAUAUCAACAACUUCAUCCGGAACACUGAUAAAUGGGCCAAGUUGUUGAAGAUUACUGGACCCCCUGCUACUCUUUCGACUGAAGCGUUCGUUGCUUCAUCAAAGAAGUACAAUAACAAAUCUAAGGGUGAUGGUAUCAAAUGUUUUCGUUGUAAGAGGCGUGGUCAUACUUCCAACAAUUGUCAUGUCUCUUGGGAAGAGGUUCAGGCUGCUCGCCAAGAUAAUAAGGAUGACAAGGAAUCUAAGGAGGCUAAAACCUCAAGAGGUUGGUUUGCUGAGACUAUUGAUGAAUUUUCUGAGAUAGUUGAUGAUGAUCCAUUUGUGAGUUCCGCUUUUGUGUCCGAGACAUCUGUUGUUUCUGAAAAGUUUGGUAACAGUUGCUCCGAGUCGUUUGAUGAUUUGGAAUCCGAACUUUUUGAUUCUUCUGAGCCGUGUGUCGGCGAUGAAGAUUGUUUUGUUGGUCAAGUUUCUGCGUAUUGUUCAAACUCAGGACUUGAUAUUGAUUCAGUUGGUAAACCGUUUGUUGGUUCCACUGAUGAUUCUUGUUUUAUUUCUGAACCGUAUGUCGGUUCUACUGUUGUUUGUUUGGAGUCUGAACCGUGUGUCAGUUCAGCUCCUAUUUGUUUUGAUUCUGAAUCGUUGGUCGAUUCGGAUAUUGUUCCUUUUGAUUCUGAACCGUGUUGA